AUGCCUGGUCUGGUGCGCAAACUCCUCAUUUGCGCGACGGCAGACGGUCUGCUUUUGCAGCCUCUUUCCCAGCGACACCAACAGUCGUCGUCUCCUCCUGUACACAUCGACUACAAGACACACAACAUCAGCCCCUCGCUCCAACAACAUAACGACGACUCGACGGGUGAAGGACUCGAAGCUCAUGGUCUCCUCGUCGCCCAAAUCCGCGGCAAGCCUAUAUACGUCAUUACCAAUGUCGCCCUCAUUCCCCUAGCCUCGCAAUCAGAAGCACAACAUGCUAUCCAGCACGCAAAGAUAACUCUGAAGAGUAACAAGCCCGAGUCUCUGGACACCAGUGACGACGAAGACGACUCGAGCUCGGCGGCCGACGACGAACAUGAUGAUAACGCUUCAGUUGGUUUGCCAGACGAGCCUUUGCAGGUACCUAAAGGCUCGGUGAACAAGGCUACUACUGUAGUUGCCGAUGUGAUAAAGAACAAGGGUCAAUAUGGUCGCUUUGCCCAGCGGUGGUUCUCCAAGGGCGGUUGGAAGUCUGAUGGCAUCCGCAAACAAGGCAUGAGCGCCAGCGAGACUGACCUGACUUUGACCGCCGAGCAGAAGAAGCAAGCCGAAGACUCUUUGCCGGACAAGACAAAGGAGCAGGUGGAGAACGCACCUGCCGACAACCAGUCUCAGCCCGCUCCAUCGGACGAGCAACAGCCUAAUACCGAGUCGACGCCUGUCGCGCCUGCCGACACGACUCUUACUAAUCUCAUUCCAAGAAUCCUCAAGACAACAAACCUGUACUUUACCUCACGAAGCUUUUACUUCUCUUACGAUUACGACCUUUCACGCAGUCUUUCACGACAGGAGUCGGCCUCUGCCUCUGUCCCUCUUUACAAGCGUUUUGAUCCUUUAUACUUCUGGAACCACAACUUGACCGAACCUCUCAUCGAAGCUGGCCAACACAACCUCGUUCUACCCGUCAUUCAAGGCUUCAUUGGCCAACGUGCCUUUACCAUUGACACAACUGAGAAUGCAGAGAACAAAAUAGUCGAUGCGAAGCAGGAGGCAUCAGACGUCGUCAAGGCCCAGGAGGAGGCCCAGAAAGAGAAUGCGAGCACAACCGAUGACAAGUCGCAGGCAAAGGAGCUACUGCUGACGCUGAUCUCUAGACGUUUCGUCAAGCGUGCAGGACUACGCUACCUGCGUCGUGGUAUUGAUGAUGAUGGCAAUGUCGCUAAUAAUGUUGAGACUGAGCAAAUUCUUGCCACGCCAUCGUGGGACGCCAAAGACAAGGUUUUUUCGUUCCUGCAGGUCAGAGGCUCCAUCCCUCUAUUCUUCUCGCAGAGUCCCUACAGCUUCAAACCAAUUCCCAUUCAAUAUGGCUCCGAAGCCACCAACCAGGCUGCUUUCGAGAAACACUUUUCGAACAUGCUUGAACGUUAUGGAGAAGUUCAGUGCGCAUCUCUGGUCGACAAGCAUGGCACAGAAGCAAAAAUUGGAGAGUCGUAUGAGAAAAACGCAAAUGAUCUGAACAAGUCUGGGGGUGUGUCAGGCAAGCAAGUCGGCUUCCAUUGGUUCGACUUCCAUACUGUUUGCAAGGGCAUGAAGUUUGAGAAUGUCUCAAUCCUUAUGGACACUCUUAGGCCGGCUAUGAAAUCUUUCGGCUGGACUGUUCAGCAAGAUGGCAAGUUCCUCAACACUCAAACCGGCGUGCUGAGGACAAACUGCAUGGACUGUCUUGACCGAACCAAUGUCGUUCAAUCUGGCGCAGCUGGUCACGCUCUGCAAGACCAGCUUGCUGAGAUGGGCCUGUCGAUCAACCUUCAAACCGACCCCAAGACGUCUUGGUACAAUAACUUGUGGGCUGACAACGGCGAUGCCAUCUCUCGUCAGUACGCAGGUACUGCCGCACUAAAAGGAGACUUCACUCGCACCCGCAAACGAAACUGGCAAGGUGCAUUGACCGACUUUAGCCUGACCCUCAACCGCUACUACAAUAACAUCUUCGGAGAUUACUUUUUACAAACCUGCAUAGACUUCUGGCUUGGCAAUGCAGGACCUGUAGUCUUCGAGGAAUUCGAGACCGAUAUGAUGAACCAAGACUACGCUCUUGAUAUGGGUCGCAUUCGCCAAAGCGCAAUCGAGACCUGCGUAGCCAUUGUCCUCGAAGACUCGGCAGAUAUGAUCUCAGGCUGGACGCUAUCCUGCCCAGCAUCAGCAAACACACUACGUGCACUGCCGUUCGAAGAGUGCAUCGUCCUUCUUACUGACAGCGCACUCUACUUCUGCCGCUUCGACUGGGACACAGAAAAGGUCGGCUCCUUCGAACGCGUCGAACUCGUCGAUAUCGAGAGCGUCAACUACGGCACCUACAUUACCAGUACACUCGGCCCCACCCACAUGGACGAAAAGAAAAACGUCGGCUUUGUAGUCAAGUACUCGAGUCAAACUCCCGCUAUGGUACGCACCAACACACGCAGUCUCGCCAACGAAAAAGAAGCCAGCGCUGCAGAUAAAGAUACCAAGAAAACCGACGUCAAACCUGCAGAAAGCAGACUCCUCGCCUUCAAAGCCUUACCACCUAGAAACUCUGCCUCUAAAGGCAAGAACACCGAUGGCGAGUUGAGUGAAGUGGAAAUGGUGCGCCAUAUCUGUGAAGAAAUUGAACGAUUGAGCAAUAAAGCUCUCGAUAGACAGACUCAGACUGCUGCUGGAGAGCAACAAGAGGGUGCAACGAAAUUGCACUUGCACGUCGAGAAGAAGGAUGUCAUUUCCGUGGCUGAGGCUAGGAAGAGUACAGGAUAUCUUGAGUCGUUGGGAUACUCGUUGAAGAAAUUGGUCUGGUCAUAG